UACGCCCCAUACGGUUCUUGUUUUUAGAGCUCUUGCUUGAUAGACAGCGCAGCUCGAACGACCGACAGCGUUCAGCGACAGCUUGUAUCGCAUCCUCCUCGCCUCCAACCAGCCUACAGGCAUAGCCCAAAAUGCGCAAGAAUGGGUGGGAGACGCCGUUCCACGUGCUGCAACUGGCCACAUGGGUGGUCUUCCCGGCCGUCAUGGCGCUCUUCUUCGCCUUCUACACGCCAAUCUUGGACAAAACUCCGGCCAUCGUCCUCAGCGUCGUGUAUGCCGCCGCCUGCCUCGUAACGGUAGUGUCCGUGGCCGUUUGUACGGGCACCGACCCGUCAGAUGACUGCAUUAUGAGACCGUCGGUAAGAGCGACGCAGAGCAGGUUUAGCAGCGACUUCAGACUCACGGUGAUGUUGUUUUGGCCACAGACCUUGCCUGACGCCAGAGACUCUCGCCCUGACAAUCGAGUGUACUGCAACGUCUGUACAAAAUAUGUGAACGAUCAAAGCAGACACUGUCGCCUGUGUGACAAGUGCGUGGAUGUCUUUGAUCACCACUGCAAGUGGCUCAACAACUGUGUGGGCAAGAAGAACUACCGCUUCUUUCUAGGAUCCGUCGUGGGUGCGUCGGUGUUUCUAGCAGUGCAGAUCGCUGUGGGCAUUUAUCUCGUCGUGGAGCUGUACACGAACGAAGACGACACUAUGGGGAACUCAGCCACGAGCUACGGAUGCUCCACAGAGAAGGACGAUCUCACGGGACUCUGCGUGGACGGACAGUACAGUAUCUCGCUGCAGACGCUACGGAUCAUCCACAUCGUGUUGCUGGCCUUCCUGAGUCCCUGGCUGUUCAUGAUCGGGCAGCUUGCACUCUUCCAUUUCCACUUGUGCAUGGAGAACAUCACAACUUACGACUACAUCGUCCGUCAACGCAAGCGGAAAAACGCUCAGGAGCGUCAAAACAUUGUUCGUGUGCCAUGGUGGAAACGCUGCUGUGGACAAAAACCCAAUCCUGACUCAGCGCCGAACAAUUCGAAGCCCAGUGUCAACCAGACAAGCGAUUCGCGUCCGUCAGGCGAAAGCGUGCGCAGCGAGGAAGAGGAAUUGGCCGCUAUUGAGGCGGAAGUGGACGACAGCUUGGAGGUGCUCAGCAACCAGAGCGGCGAGAUCCGUGAGCGCGAUAGCAGUCGACGCAGCAGCAGUUCGUACCGCAAGCGGAGGAGCAACAGUGGCACGAAGCGGGGAUUCGGUCUACACGUCGAUCUUGCUGGACAGCGAUCUGUGCAGACUAAUACUGGUGCGAAUGGCGUCGUAUAUACGCCACGAUCAGAAAGCGGGGACACGAGUUACUUGGCAGCGCCGUACUCUCCAGGGACACCCGCUUCGCCUUUAUCACCACGCUCUGAUGCGGGUAGCGCAUACUUUUCCAACUCACAGGUGGACGAAAUCGAGACAAGGGACGGAGAAGCUACAAACCAGCCUCUUCCGGCCUACAAGGUGUCGAGCAACUCGUCUAUGGUCAUGUAUGGACGACCACCGAUCGAUGAUACCUCGUCUGAAAACCACAUCGUGUAAGUGUGUUAUUUCUCGAAACUCAGAGCGAGCGCCUCCCUCGCUGACUCUCGGAUUGUGUAGAGAUUUUGACAGCGGAGAUAAGAAGCACUAGCUGAGCUGAGAACCUACCAUCUAGCCAGCUGACGUCUCGCUCGCUGACACUGUAGCUUGGACAAAAAUCACAAGUAUUUAUGGCGCACACGCAGGGCAAGCUUACCACAUCCACGGCACGACCAGACCAGGCGAUCGACCAAACAAUUGCAAACCAUUUCAUAAAAGAAAAGAAGUUUUGUUUUAGAACAAAGUGAAAGACGUCGAGAUAUGCAUCCGUUGCCUCAAAGAGACAGCAAUAGUCCGCUGCUGCAUCAGCUUAGGCCUCGCGCACAGCCGCGACCUUGAAGAUUUUGGCUUCUUCGUCCGCACCA